UAACUUCAAUCGGUUGCCACUCAGCACCCAUUUCCUUUUCUCUGCUUACAAGUUACAACCCUUCCCCCCUCCUUCUCUCUCUAAAACCCUCAUCUGAGUUCUCUCUCUCUAACAAACAAUGCAAAUGCGAGUGCUCUUCGUUUUCCUCAUUAUUCUCUCUUUCUCCUUACAAUGUGUCCUGUCCGAUGAUAAAGAUGCAAACGACGUCGUAAAUGCUUCUGAGUUCAACUCGUCUAGAUCUAUGGAAGUUAGCUUCGCUAACAUGAUCGAUCAAGCUCUUGAAAAGGAGUUCAACGAGACUGACGACAAGUCAGAUGCCACUGAUCACAGAAGCUUCAACAACAGCGUGGCUGAGCAAGAGGCAGUUUUGGAAACUGUUGCAAGGGUCAAGCCCAAGAAGAAUGAGACAAAGGAGGAAAAGUCAUUCCAGUUGCAUGAUGUUUUCCACUUGGAGAAUGACAAUGGAGCUGAAGAUACACCUACCUUGAUAGAUCGAAAGGAUAAUGUCUUUAUUAUGUCUAAUCGCAAGUCAAAGUUUCCAGUGCUGCAGUUAGACUUGAGAUUGAUAUCAGAUCUUGUUGUUGUCAUUGUUUCUGCAACUUGCGGUGGCAUUGCCUUUGCUUGUGCUGGACAACCGGUUUUCACAGGAUAUUUGCUAGCAGGAUCUGUAAUUGGACCUGGGGGUUUUAACGUUGUCAGCGAAAUGGUGCAGGUGGAAACAGUUGCUCAGUUUGGCGUUAUUUUUCUUCUAUUUGCAUUGGGUUUGGAGUUCUCCACGGGGAAGAAAUGCAUUUCUUACUUGUUACUGCAGCUUCGCAUUGUUCGAGCUGUUGCUGUGCUAGGCGGGUUGCUCCAAAUAUUUCUCUUCAUGUGUUUGUCUGGUAUAACAGCCUCGUUAUGCGGUGGGGAAGCAUCUGAAGGUGUUUUUGUGGGUGUCUUCUUAUCAAUGUCUUCGACAGCAGUGGUGUUGAAAUUUUUGAUGGAAAGAAAUAGUGUUAACACCCUCUAUGGGCAAGUCACCAUUGGAACUCUUAUUCUGCAGGAUUGCACGGUUGGUUUGCUAUUUGCACUGCUUCCUAUUCUAGGUGGUACUUCUGGUGCACUUCAAGGAAUGUUUUCCAUGGCAAAACUAUUGGUUGUUCUGGUCACAUUCUUGACCAUUUUGUCAGUACUAUGUCGCACUUGUGUACCUUGGUUUCUUAGGCUUAUGAUAGGCCUAUCUUCCCAGACUAAUGAACUGUAUCAACUUGCGUCUGUGGCUUUUUGCUUGCUUGUUGCUUGGUGUAGUGAUAAACUGGGAUUGAGUCUUGAGCUGGGUUCUUUUGCUGCUGGAGUGAUGAUAUCAACUACCGACCUGGCUCAACAUACACUUGAACAGGUUGAACCUAUAAGGAACUUCUUUGCUGCUCUUUUUCUAGCUAGCAUUGGAAUGCUUAUCCAUGUUCAUUUUCUUUGGAAUCACAUUGAUAUCUUAGUAGCAGCUGUUAUAUUGGUCAUUGUUAUAAAAACGAUAGUGGUUGCUGCAGUUGUCAAGGGGUUUGGUUACACCAAUAAGGCUGCAAUUCUUGUUGGAAUGUCUCUGGCUCAAAUAGGAGAGUUUGCAUUUGUUCUUCUUAGCCGUGCUUCAAAUCUUCAUCUAAUUGAGGGUAAAGUGUAUAUGCUACUUCUGGGCACAACUGCACUUAGCUUGGUGACCACACCUUUCCUUUUCAAGCUAAUUCCUGCUGUGGUGCAUCUUGGAGUACUACUGCGGUGGUUCUCACCUGAAACUCCAAGUGAGAGUUGAGAUCGUGGAAAUGAUUCUUCUUCCAGAUUGGACCCAAGGGAGAUAUCCUACGCACUGACAGUUCUAAGCGUAUCAGUGUACUGCUCCAAGGAUCCCAUGAUUCAUGAUAGUUAAAUAAAAAAAUAUGAAGCAGCAAAAACAGAUAUCAAUUUAACCUGGUGACAUUCUGAUGCUAGAAGACACGAGUGUAAAAGAAGAGUCGACUAACUGGACAGUUCAUAAUCAUGAAGCUCCUAUGCAGCAACAAUUGGGUAGUCUUCUUUGAUACAUCGGAGAGGUCGCAAAAUUCAGAGCACUUGACCUAUCUGCGAACGUUUUGUGGCAUUUAAUUUUUAAUACGUCAUUAUUUCCCCAUUAGUAGGUGCUACAUACAAAUCAUGUCCAUCUGUAAUGCAAUUGUUUAUAUUCUCUAGUUUGAUUUUAGUUUUGUUCUUUUCGGGGUCGUGUCAAAAUAGCCCCAUCACACUGUAAAUAGAUGAUCGAUCACACAUUAUUGUAAGAAUUGUAGUUGUAUGUACACAACUGAUCCUGAAAUUUUCAUGUGGAGUAACCAGUGCAUACAAUUCCAUGCAA